CCUACAAAAUUAUUCAUCAAGACCUUAACAGGAAAGGUAAUCACUGUACACAUUGACAGUAGUAGCACAAUUUUGGAUUUAAAGCAUGCCAUUCAGAACAAAGAAGGUAUCCCACCUAUUCAACAAAAUCUCAUACAAGGUGGCACUGGACGACAAUUGGCAAAUGAUUGCACUAUGGAUGAUUAUGGUAUUACAGAUGAUGAUACACUUCACUUGGUACUAAGACUCAGAGGAGGGGGAUGUAGUCCAGAACAAUGGAUACAGAUGGGUUCAGAAAAAUAUGGUGAUAUAAUGAUGAAUUUAGUAGAGCUGCAGCAGUUUGAUGGACAAUGGAAGUAUUCAGAGGAUUUAGUGAAGUUCUUAGGAACAAAUGAAGAAAAAAUAAAGAAAUUUAAUAGUUUCAAAAGUUACAAGUUUGAUGUUUGGUGCACAGCCUAUGUAAUAGUGUUCCUACAGAAAUAUCUUGAGAAACAUGCUGAUGAAUUGAAGUUAAUUGUGAGCAAAGCUUUGAGUUGGCUAGAGUCACAGAACUUGUCAGAACAGGGUGUGAUCAAAUUAUUAAAUGAUAUCAGGGAUCAAUAUAUGCCUAUUAUGUACUAACAGACAGUCUAUGUUGAUAUAAUGAACACAAUUAUUAACCUAAACAUGCUAACCUACACAUCUGUGCAUGUAAAUAUCAUAUAUUGUCAAGUAUUGAUAAUGGUAGAUAUUUUGUAGUUGUGAUCUGUGUGACAACAUUUAGC